CAUUCCUUCAUCAGACCAACACAACAAACUCAUAUCUCUUUCUCUCUCAUUCCUUAUUCCGUAACAAACACACUUACAAUUCUCUUUUUCCUCUCCCAAAUGGCACCUACAACAGCCACCGUUGCCGAAGAAGCGAAAGUAGCAAGCAUCAAGACACUUACCGACGCCGGUGCUGAACUCAACUCCGUACCAUCGGAGUACACGUAUGUCAAGGACCCCAAUGAUCAAGCUGAUGCCAGUGACCCAGAGCACUCUAUCCCCACCAUCGAUUUUGCCCAUCUCACCUCCAGCUCCCCCGAUCUCCGGUCCAAGGCCAUUGAAAAGCUUGGCAAAGCUUGCGAGGAAUGGGGCUUCUUUCAGGUUAUCAACCAUGGUGUACCUGAGAGCCUGAUGAAAUCGAUGAUAGAGGCGUGCCACAAGUUUUUUCAGCUUCCUGAGGAGGAGAAGAAGGAGUUCCAAUCAAGGAAACUAUUAGAACCAAUCAAGUGCGGGACAAGCUUUAACGUUGCGAUCGACAAAGUUCGUCUGUGGAGGGAUUACCUCAAGGUCAUAGCACAUCCCGAGUUCCACUCACUCCACAAACCCGCUGAGUACAGCGACGUUUCAUUGGAGUUCAGCAAACAAACUCGACAAGUCGCAACCGAAUUGUUGAGCGGAAUAUCAGAGAGCUUGGGGUUGGAGGCUGAGUACAUAGCCAAGGCCAUGAACUGGGACCGUGGCCUACAAAUCCUCGCCGCUAACUAUUAUCCGGCGUGUCCCCAGCCCGAUCUAGCCAUUGGAAUUCCCCCUCACACCGAUCACGGACUUGUCACUCUCCUUAUUCAGAAUGACAUGGGUGGCCUUGAAGUCCAGCACAAUGGUAAGUGGGUGCUCGUUGAUUGUGCUCCGGGUGCUUUUGUUGUUAACAUCGGUGACCAAAUGCAGAUCUUGACUAAUGAUAAGUACAAGAGCGUCUGGCAUCGAGCAGUUGUGAACAACAGAGCUACAAGGAUUUCCAUAGCCGUACCACAUGGACCUGCACUUGAGACUGCUGCUCUGCCAAUCCCAGAGUUGUUGGGUGGCGAAGCACCAAAAUACAUCGGAAUGUCCUAUGAAGCAUUCAUGGAACUUCAGGCUAGCCCUGCGGCUUACAUGAUGCCUUGCUUAGAUCACCUGAGAGUCAAAGCCGAUAACUGAAGCAAGUCAAUGGCUUGCCCUUUCCAUCCAACUCACAGCUCCAUCUGUUUCUCUAUCUCACAACAGUAAUAAUGCUCCUGUAUGAGCUUUGGUACUUCAACGGUGUAGCAUAUCAGUGUUGUCCAUUAUUUUUAUUUCCCUUUGUGGAUCUCUAGUGAUCUUGUUGUCGGAUUCUAUCUUUUAUAUAUUCAGUGUUAAACGCAGGAUUUCUAUCAAAUUAUAUAUGUAAUACAACAGAUGUAACACGAGUUUGAAUUAAUUAUACUUGUAUC